CCAAAAGCACAUGGAUGUCUUAAUAAUUCGGGAGAAUACUGAAUGCUUGUACAUAAAGAAAGAACGACAAAUAACUGAUGAAUCAACGGGAUUAAAGGUUGCAUGGGCUGAACGAAAAAUCUCUGAAUAUGCCUCCAGACGGUGUGGUAAAAUGGCAUUCGAAAUGGCUUUAGGGAGGGAUAAACUUAGACAAAGUAUCCCAUUAGAAAAAAGGCUUUGGAAAGGGAAGCCAAAGGUAACAAUUGUUCAUAAAUCUAACGUAUUGAGCAUUACUGAUGGUUUAUGGAGAGAGACAGUGCGGGGUGUUAAAGAAAAUGACCAUAAAUACGAUGGUGUAGAUAUGGAAGAACAACUCGUUGAUUCAAUGGUUUAUCGUCUUUUCCGCGAACCUCACUAUUUUGACGUCGUUGUUGCACCAAAUAUUGAUGGUGCAGCCGCCUUAGUUGGCAGUUUAGGAGUUGUCCCAAGCGCAAAUGUUGGAGACAAUUUCGUUAUGGGUGAACCAGUACAUGGAUCAGCACCUGAUAUAGCCGGGCAAAACAAAGCAAAUCCUAUCGCCGCAAUUCGUAGUGCUGGAUUACUUUUAGAACAUAUGGGUUAUCAUCAACAAGCUCAAUCUAUUUAUAGUGCAGUAGAUGAUAUACUGAAGCGUGGAGAAAUUCUUACGCCAGACUUGGGUGGAAAAGCGACAACUCAGCAAGUCGUAGAUGCUAUCAUUAAGUCUCUUUUGACAUAA